UCCCGAUCGGAGGGAGAGAUCCCGCAGAGCAGCUUGGAUUUUGAAAGGCAAUUCGCGAUGGUGCCGUCGCGGUGCGUGAAAAGCGAGUACAUGAAGCGCUUUAAAGAGCCGAAAUGGGAGGCGUGCGGCCCCUGUUACCAGGAGUUACUGCGCUACCGCCUGAGUCGACGCCUCUUGGAACAGGCGCAUCGGCCUUGGUUUUGGGACGAUUGGGAGCAGGACAUCAGCCUGAACGGAAGCAGCGGCAGCGGCAGCUCCCAAUCGUCCCAGGGCACUUCCAGCCCUCUAGUUGUCCGGCAGCCGGAGGAAGAAGCGGCGCAUCCUGCCGGGGAAAUCGAAAUCCCCGGCGGCGAUCUGGGUCUCAACAGGAUCAGCGCGGCCGGAGAGGAUGUGGCUUCCAGUCCGGCGCCGGCGGAACCUCCCGGCGGACACGAGGUUGACGUUCAAGAACAAUCGGAAGGGAAGGCUAUUGUCAAGAAAGAUGAAAGGAAAACUGCAGGGAAAGGAAUCGACAGCUCAAGUUGUCCGCAAAAGCAGCCUUUGAGUCAGAAGAGUGCCUCCAGCAGGCAAGGUGACAGAAAAGGAGCAAAAAACCCACAAAGGACAGAAACAACAUUGGAAAUAAAACACCCUUUUGCUUUGUAUGGUUGGGGUGAAAAGCAGACUGACACAGGCAGUCAGAAGACACACAACGUCCGAGCAUCUGCUUCAGUAAAUGAAAUACACGAAUCUGCAUUAAGAGCAAAGAACAGAAGACAAGUGGAAAAAAGGAAGUUACCACAAAGACGGGUACACCCAGCAGAAGUAGAAAGAACAUGGACAACCAAGCCUUCAGGUCCAGACAGUCCAUGGGUGACAGAAUACAUGAGGUGUUACUCAGCACGAGCUCGGUGAUUGGAGUUCUAAAUUUUUUAAAAUUCAGAGUGCUUUGAAAACAACUAGGACACCGGUAGAAAACUCCAGACUAUUAUGCAAGGGUUUUCCAUUUUUUAUCAACGGGUUUUUCCAGCAGUUUGUUACAUUUAUUUAUAUUUUAACUACUUAACCUUUGCAGCAGCAGCAGAUCCAUAUUGAUGAGAAUUAUAUUUAACAAUAUAGGUCCCUUACUAGAUUUAUUUAUUUAUUUUUUAAGGAAAAUGUCAAGAAUUUACCUUCGGACGAAAAAACUAAAAUUGAGUAAUACAUUUUUAAAUCAAGCAAGUCAAUAUUUUCUUGAAACGGCUUUUUUCUCUAUAGUUACUGAAUUAUACCAAUCUUGUGCCAACAGAAAAGUGGUUGCACUAGAGUUACAUUGAAAGCAUCCAACUUUCAGUGCAAUUAUUGUAAAAAUAAUCAUGAAAACUUGACAGCAAUGGAUUUGUAAAGAUUCUUUCUGGACAAAUGAAGGUCUCAUUAAAUUAUGAUAUGAGCUGAUUGGCAAUAAUUUAUAAAAGGACUGCACACUUUACAAAUUAGCAGGUAAAAAAAUGUUUUGUGGAAGCUGACCAUUGGAUUCCUUAGACAACCCAUUGUUUCCUCACUGGAAUGGCCAAAACGAGAUUUUUGUUUAUCCAGCUUAAUGAAAUCACAAUGUGGACUAAAAGACAUGAGUAUUUGCAGAGGUAUCUGUCGAAGACCUAUACCUGGAAAUGUUAAGACUGUUUUUAGAACAAAAAAAAAAUCUCCUUUUCAUAAAGGUAUAGUGACUUUUGAGGUUUACAUUCCUGCUGUAGAUGUUGUGACCAUACAAAAUUGGAUAUUUUGGUGCAAUAGAUUAGUAAUAUCCUGUGACUGUGGUUUGGAACAUUUGCUAUCAUGAACCCAUUGUACCAAAUGAUAGAUAGACAAUCGUUAACUAUGAUGGGCUAAUGACUAGUUUGUAAAGUAAAUGCUUUUAAACAUUUUUUGUAGUAAAAUGCUUCAUUUUGAGCGGACUUACAACACAUUCAGUGAAGUUUUGUUAGAUGCGGCUUCUGCACAGUGACUUUUAUAACAUUAAAACACUGAAUUUGUUUCAUUUGCCUGUUUAAUCAAGCUGGGUUAUAUGCUGUGUCAAAACUCAGGUGACAUUGCAAAUUUUGCUGUAUUCCAAUGUAUCACACAUUUCUGGGUUUUUUUAAAGUGAUUUUCUAUAGAGGAAGAAGCCAUUGGCAAUCAUGAAAGUGCAACAUACUUGAAAGAUUGUACCACAGAGUGAAACUACCUGUGAUUUCUAACUUUGAAAUAAAAGAUUAUUCAGUCUCAGUAACUCUUCAGAUCUUGAAAAAAUUGGCUUUAAAGAUACAGCAAAUGUAGAGCUUUAUAAAACCUGUUGUUAAUCAAUAGUAAGACCUUAAAACUCAUUUUUCAAUUCAUUUUUGCUCAGAACAAAUUGUUUGCUCUGAAUAGAUAUAUUCAUUAUAUUUAGAUCCUGUCUUUUUUUCAGGAGCCAAGAAAAAGCCUGCACUCAUUGCAUUGACUUUCUACUUUUUUCCUUGCAAAAUAUCCUAUGGGUGAAGGGCUGAAACACUCCCCACCCCCCAAAAAAAACCAAUCCCCGGUCCAAAAUAAUCUAGUGAGCUUCCAGUAUUGCGGAAAGUGAAACUGGUUUCCAAUCCAACAUUUCAACCACUAUACUGCAAAUAUCAUUUUACCUCUACUAUGGUUGCAUACAGUGGCUUUAUUUCCAUUUAUAGGUAGAUAUAAUUGAACUUUGUUUGGAAUGGUACUUUGUUUCCUCAAUCUUUCUAGUAUUCCUUCAGUUUAUAAAAUUAAUGAAUUUGGACAGUAUGUGGCUUCAACAUAAAACGCCUAUCACUCAUGCACCAGAGAGUGACUAGAAAAUGUCAAGAAAAUCCUAGGGCUUGGAAAAGUACCGUAAAACCCACACCUCAAAGGGCAUCUUCAACACCAGCUUUUUGAGAGUAGAGCAUGUAUUAUAACUAUGCACUGCUGAUUAGUGAGAAGUUGGAAUAGAAGGUAAAAAAUAUCUGGAGGAAUAGAACAUCAAGCGCCCGGCUGAACACAGUUUCAAUCUGCCGAUUUAGAUAUUUUUUGUUUGUUUAAUAAGCUUUAGUAUGGGAACACAGUCAUAAAAUAAAGUGUGUAACUCUCUUUAUCUAAAUGCUGAUUUAUGCAGUUGUGGUUCUUCCAAACAGUGGGUCUGUUCAGCUUUCGGUUGACAAAUGCAUGAACUUGCAAAUGGCACUUUAAUGUAUAUAUCAACUAUUCCAAGAUAUGUGUACUUUUGAGAUAAUGUGCACUGUGGAUAUUUGCCUUUGUAUGUACUUGUGUUCAAAUAUUUUCCCAUAUCUCAGUUGAACAAUUAUUCUUUUAUUUAAUGCAUUUCUUACUCACUUUUGAAGAAUGACGUCUUCCUAACUGGAGCAAAUGACCACUCAUGAAUGCUUCUUUUUCUCUCUUUCUCUUCACCAUAGUAACGAGUGAAUGUCUUUAAUAAAUUAAAGUUGCUUUUCUCCACUCAAGCUUCUCGUUAAAUCUUUUAUAUUUGCUGCUUAUCCUCUGGUAAGCCAUACUAUAUAAAUAUGAACAUAUAGACUAGGACAGUAAUAUUAGCAUUGGUUAAAAUGCAGUAGUAAAUUAGGUAGAUUUUAAGUGUCGAGAAGUUUCCUCUUUUGCUCACCUUAAUACCAGCAGAAAAAUAACAGGAUGUAUAUCCCUGCUGCUUGAAAUACAGCCAUUCUCAAAAUUGCUACAAAAAUCCUUGCUAGGUGCUAUUCCCCCGGCUCUAGCAGUGGUUCCUGCUUCAGUUGGAAAUCACUAAUCUUAAACAUUUAAAGUGAAAUAUAGACAUCUACUGAAAUCUUUGUUUAUUCCAGAAUGGCGUUAAAAAUGAGCUGUACAUUUUUUUUUAAUCUAAAGUGCACUGAGAGUAACCAUGCCAGAGAUAAAACGUUAUGCAUUGGCUCAUGAAAGUAGAGCAUACAUUGUACUGACAUUACUCCUUUUCAUGUAACAUCAGCAUUGGAAGGAAAUGUUAUAUGGGCCUGUAUCAAUUUUUAACUUAGGGUUAACUGGACCAGGAUAAUAGCCUAUUCCUUCAUGAAGCAUAGCUCAAAGUCAAACUAUAGUUUGUACCUGGGGCAGUUUACUGAGCCCUAAGAGAUGUUAAUCAAAGGGAAAGCAUUUGGCUGAAAGCCAUAAAUUUGACAGUCACUGUUCUUAUGUGCAAUCUAAAAAGAAUGAAGGAGUAAGGAGGUUAGAAAUCAGAGAUAUAUGUAUACAUUCAAUUCACUUUAAAGCCUGAAAAAAUUAAGCUUGGAGCAGUAUGUGGCUUAGAAUGUUUCUAAAUGGUAUGUUUUUCUCAUAUUUUUGUGGUCUUUAAUGUAAGUGUACUCACCAUGGUUUUGAAUAUGUGAAUAAAAGACUUGAAAAAUUCA